UCCCGCUAUCAGAGAGACCAGUUGACAGGGUGAAUGUUAUUUUCUGCGUUACGAAAUUGAUAUUAACUGAAAUUUUUAAAUUUUAUGGAGUCACUUAAAUUUUUAAAUUAAAAAUAAAGGCCUUAAUCAAGUCCAAUUAAGUGAUCGGUACGACCUCUACAAUUGCAAAUGGCGUCUAUUCUGUAAAACUCUUAACAAAAUAAUGCAAAGGAUAGAUUAACCGUUUGUUAUUUAAUGCUCACAAGAUGUUAAAGUCGGCAAUAAGUAUUUUGAGAGCUCCAUUGGUCGAGAGAGUGUGUUGUCAAUCGACAUUGACCCAUCAACAAAUAUCUAUCCUGCCAAUUGUUACGAGACUCUUUCAUCUAACCUCGUAUUCACUGAAAGAUGAUAAAAGAAAUCAAAUCAGGAGUAUGCCCAGGAGGGAUGAGGGGACUCACGGCGAAAUUGGAGUGGAAAUAGAGAAUUCACCGAGCAAAUCAGAGAUAUUUCCUGACGAGAAUUUGCCUAACAGAUUGUUCAAUGGGAUACCCUUCAAGGAAAUUCCAAUUAUCAACGUCAAGUGUUCUAAAAAUAAUACCCUGAUAUCGUUGACUGAUCACGAAGGAGUUGUUCAGUUAUACCACACCUGUGGAGCCGAGGGAUUUACUGGAGCUAGAAGGGCUACUAAUGUAGCGGCACAAGCAACAGCCAUUAGUUUGAGUACU